CAUUCUUCUCUAGUCUCUUCUAGGGUUUAAGGCAAGACGUGCGAUUCUUCAAUCUCGUUUUCGCCACCUGAAUAAUGGCGUUUUGGGGAAUUGAAAUAAAGCCCGGCAAACCUCACCUUCAUCAGUACGAUGAUGAAAGAGGAAGGCUUCAUCUAUCACAGGCAACACUUGGUAGUGGUUCAUCAAAAGAGAAGGCUGUUGUUGUGUGUAAUGUUGGUGAUAAGAAACCGAUUUACUUAUGCUCGUUACUACCAAAAAAAAUGGAGACAUGCUCACUAAACAUAGAGUUUGAGGAAUAUGAUGAAGUUACAUUCUCAGUGGAGGGACCUCACAGCAUUCAUCUAUCUGGAUUCUUCUAUGGAGAAAAGCCAGAUUCUGAUGAAGAUGACUAUGAAUCUGAUUCUGAUGAAGAAGGUAUCAUAGCACCAGAGAUGGACUCUGAAGAUGAUAGCGACUUUGAUUUUGAUGAAGCAGAUGACCUCACUGAUAAUGAGAUGUAUAUGAUGCCUAACAGUGGAGUGAGAAUUGAGGAGAUUGUUGAUGAAGAAAAUCCUGCAACUGAAAAAGCCACUCCUGCACAAUCAAAGAAGAAUAAACAGGGGCAAAUUGUUGUAAAAGAAUCAAACAAUGUUCCAGAAUUGGAGAGUGAAGAUGAAGAUGGGUUUCUGAUAUUGCCCUCUGAUAAGGACAAAGCUAGUGUACCAGUUCCAGAGAGCAAACAAGAUUCAGAAGUGUCAAUUGGAAAAGGGCAAAAUGGUCAAGUCAAGAGGAAAAAAGAGAAAGAUGAUUCUGAACAUACAGCAAAACGAAAGAAAGAUGAUUCUGUUACAGGAGGUGAUCCUAUCAGCCAACCAGAAAAUGUAGCAGCAGCUUCUACACCAGAAACAGAUGCCAAAAAAUCAAAAAAGAAGAAGAAGAAUAAGAAAGUAAAAGAGACACAAGAAAGUGGUGACAAUAACAAAAAUGGAGCUCAAAAAGAGGAAACCAAUCAAGAGAAGACACCUGUAAAGGAGACAAAAUCGGAAUCCAAAGAGAAGAGUACAAGUACAACAAAGAAGGAUUCAAAAGUAAAAACUGAAACAAAAGCAUCUCAAGUUAGAACUUUUCCAAAUGGAUUAGUAAUUGAGGAGAUUCAAAUGGGUAAACCAAAUGGAAAACGGGCCGACCCGGGAAAGAAAAUCAGCAUGUGUUACGUUGGGAAGUUGCAAAAGAAUGGAAAAAUAUUCGACUCUAACAUUGGAAAAGCGCCAUUUAAAUUUCGCCUAGGUGUUGGGGAAGUGAUAGCGGGAUGGGAUGUUGGUGUUAAAGGAAUGCGUGUUGGGGACAAAAGAAGACUAACCAUUCCUCCAGCUAUGGGGUAUGGUAGUAAAGGUGCUGGAUCAGCUAUACCACCAAAUGCAUGGUUGGUUUUUGAUGUUGAAUUGAUAGAUGUGAAUUAAGUAGCUACUACUACUACAACUACUAGAUCUUGCAAUAUUUGUUUGAUACACUAAAUGAUGAGAAGAAUUUGUAUUUUGGGUUUUUGGUGUUAUG